GAGCUGUCGCCCGCGGACGCCGUCGUGCUUCGGCUCAAGGCUUACGACGACGGUGUCGCCAAGGUCACUCUCAACGACAGAAUUUUGUCCUUCCGUCAAGAAGCGGACCUCGAAAUCGACAAAUGUCAGUAUUUCUCCAUCGUUGGCGAUGUUUUCGUGGCCUCCGUCAGCAUCUUCAAGCCAGAAUGGCCCGACCACAUGCACGUAACCCUGGGAAACCAAAUCGCGGCCGGUUAUCACUUCACGGUGGAGGGAACCGUGUCACCGACCGCUGACAAGUUGGUCAUCAGCGUCCUCCGCUCCCCGGACGUGCACGACGACGUGCUGGUAGGAAUACGGUGCCAGUUCGAAGGCGAGAAGCAGAUGGUGAGGCGCACCAAGCAGGAGGGAGUCUGGCUGGAGGAGCAGCUGGAAACCCAGUUCCCCUUCGCCCUGGGCGAACCGUUCACCAUGGACGUGGCCGUCCUCGAGAAGGAGUUCCACAUGGCGGUCAAUGGCCAAACCCUUCCGCCUUACAACCACAAGGUCUUCUACGGACAGGGGCAGUUCAUCUGCAUCGACAAGAACGUGACCGUGAAGAACAUCCGCGUCUGCAGCAUUAGCCACCCGAAACACUGGACCAGCAAGCCCCCGAACGUAAAGCAGGCCAGUCUCAUCUUCCACCGCAGCGACGCCCCAGCGUCGAGACAGAUCAUGUUGGAUGUUGGCCAGUGCUACUACAUUCAAGGAACCCCACCGCUUCAUUCUAAGACCUUCAAAAUCACGUUCGCUAAGGGCGACACGGAGAACGCCGAGGCACUGCUGGUUCUCCAGCCCGUCCUCGCGGAGAACAGGGUGUACGUGUACGACGGGUCUCCGGAGCAGAAGGGCAACGGACUGCAUGCCGACAUCCGGAUCGGGCGGCUCUUCUCGUGCAGAAUCGACGUCGGAGCCGACUCCUACAAGGUGUGGGUGAACACACUCGUGUCUGACGAUAACGUGGACCCGUACGAGGUGAAGCACCGGCUGCCCAUCACCGAGGCACUCUUCCUCAACGUGUUCGGACACAUCAAGAACGUCAGCGCUCUCAAGGCCGUCGAAGAGGUCGCCUGACAGGGUCGCUUUGCAAAGCAGGCGUAUAGCAGAUAAAGAUUUCGCGUGCCGAACUGACUCCACGUGGAGAAACGGGUUGAUCACCAGUGUUUGAGAUGGUUUCGUCGUUGUCCUAGACGAAACCAGGGCGAGAGGCGCCCUCGGAUCUCCGUCGUUGUACCCAUUCGACUUUAUAAAUAAAUUGUGACGCGCGGUA